CAAUCCCAUAAGAAGAAAACUCACCAGUUUGACCAAGUAGAGAGGUACAAUGGCAUGUGCUUGCAAGGCCCCAGUGGAGUUCCUGGACGGGAUGGAAACCCAGGUGCCAACGGGAUCCCUGGGACACCUGGGAUCCCGGGACGAGAUGGGCUGAAAGGGGAGAAGGGUGAAUGCAUGCGUGAGAGCAUCGAGGAGUCCUGGACACCCAACUUCAAGCAGUGCUCGUGGAGUGCACUUAAUUAUGGCAUUGACCUUGGGAAGAUUGCGGAAUGUACCUUCACAAAGAUGCGCUCGAACAGUGCUCUCCGGGUGCUCUUCAGUGGGUCACUGCGGCUCAAAUGCAAAAACGCCUGUUGUCAGCGCUGGUACUUCACUUUUAACGGAGCAGAGUGUGCUGGGCCACUUCCUAUUGAAGCCAUAAUAUACUUAGAUCAAGGGAGCCCAGAGCUGAAUUCUACUAUUAAUAUACACCGAACUUCUUCAGUGGAAGGUCUGUGCGAAGGGAUCAAUGCUGGCUUGGUGGAUAUUGCCAUCUGGGUUGGGACUUGCUCAGAUUAUCCACGAGGAGAUGCUUCUACUGGGUGGAAUUCAGUCUCUCGAAUCAUCAUUGAAGAACUGCCAAAAUAGCUUUCCAUCCCUUUUUAUAUCUCUUUUAUUUUUAUUUUUUUAAAAAUUUUGUACUGUUUUCUUCAGAAUUUACUUCUGUAGAGUUGGAUGCAAGUUCCUGGACUGAAAGGCAUCAAAGCCUUGUGUCUAUAGCCUUUGUUAGCCUUGUUUUGCACAUUGCAGAAGCUUAUUAAUAAUAAUCAUUUUAGAGUAUAAAUAUCAAAGCCAAGUUCAUUAACUUUUUAAUCCCUUGUUUGAUGUAAUACCACCACUGUUUUAAGAAUUAACUGCAACUUUUUGUAUCAAAUAAAUAAGACCUUUUACAAAAAAAAAA